UGCCUAAACCUAACCAAUCCAACCAACGAAGGCAACGAGUACUAGGCAAUCAGAGGCAGAGUAGGGCGGGUCAUGCCUUCGGCAUCCUAGGAAACGCAAAUUUGCGUGCGGCGCAAGUAACCCAAAACAUCCAUGGAUACAACGCGAGCGAUAAGAAACUGAAACUGAUAAGGAAGCAAUGUUCCACGGCGAUGUGAUCAAGGCUUUGAACUAGCUAUCUCUUGAGUGAAGUGCCCCCAUCCAAAGACAUGGCAGAGCCAGACCCAGAUCACCACCACACAACAGAAUGCAAGGACGAAUCAUCAUCUGAGUUUAAACAGUGGGAGACUGAUAAUACUCCGAAUGAAGAGCAGCAACUCUCCGUAGAUUCAGUGUCAUCAUCUGCAUCCACAAACAGAGAGACUAACGACAAUGGUGAAGACGUGGAGCAGCCUGACGUUAAAAACGGUGAUUCAGCUGAAAAGAAGACGGUGCCUCUUCCAGAAGGGUCUUCACCCUCAGAUGAGGACACAGCGCCGAGGGUGAAGGAGAACAGCACGCCACUUGAUGAAGGAAGUCACGGUGAUUACAGGAGCAAGACACCAGAGAAUGAGCCAUCGACCACGCCAGCUGAAGAGAGCUCCAACGGUGAUUCAGCUGAAAAGAAGACGGUGCCUCUUCCAGAAGGGUCUUCACCCUCAGACGAGGACACAGCGCAGAGGGUGAAGGAGAACAGCACGCCACUUGAUGAAGGAAGUCACGGUGAUUACAGGAGCAAGACACCAGAGAAUGAGCCAUCGACCACGCCAGCUGAAGAGAGCUCCAGAGAAAACCACACCGGGGAGAAGAAGAAAGCACCAGAAACAACCAGCCCACCAGCCCUGGGUGUCAGAAAGGAUGAUCAAGUAGAUCAACAUAAUGAAGAAAGCCCAGACCCUAACAACACUGAAGCUGGAGAGGAUGAUGGAAGCAGCCCGAAGAAGGAUUUAACUCCUGAGGAAGAAAAGGAUAUACAGGAUAACACCUCCCCACAGAGGAAGGAAAAUGUUGAUGUUCCUACCGCUCAGGAGUCUGCUGAUGCUCAACAUGCAGUUCCAGAGGUUAUUGGAAAUCAAGGAGGAAGUAGAAGAUACCUGAUAUUAGGUAUAUUGGGGAUAGUUGUUGCCCUGCUGGUGUCGCAUCUCCAACCCGAGUCUCCACCUCAGAAAGAAGAUGUGCGGCAAAUAGACAUCUUCCUCAGGCAGUUGGAAAAAGUAAAGACUCAGUUUCCUAACCAGCGUGCUGAGCUCUGGAAUAGGAGCAAGAUCCACCUGCUGAGGCACCUCCAGUCAGCCCAGCCCACAGAGCCAGUCAGUCUGAUCCUGACUGCAGGCCACAGAGCUGAGACCACACUGCGCUGCCUGGCUCAGGGGCUGGCCUCCGCCUUCUCGUCUGCCCUCAACGCCUCCGUCCUCCACAUCGACGGAGCCAGCAAAGCCAGCCAGGACAGCGACCAGGUCAAACUGGACAUCGACAGCAAGUUGCAGGGAGCUUUCGAAGGUGACAAACCCGUGGCUGUCAUUGACCGCUUCGAAGAGCUGCCUCCAGGCUCCACCCUUAUUUUUUAUCGCUACUGCGACCACGAGAACGCCGCCUACAAGAAGACGUGUCUGAUCUUCACUGUACUGCUGGGGGACGAAGAGGAGAUUCCUGCCGAGACUCGUUUGAGUACUGUGGAGGAGAUGGUGGACGACCAUCUACAGAAGAAGUUCCUUUCGGAUGGCCAUCCAGUAUCUUUUGACAGGAUGGACCUUGAUAAGUACGGUGGACUGUGGAGUCGUAUUUCUCACCUCAUCCUGCCUGUGGCAGCAGAGAAAAGGAUAGAACAUGAAGGGUGCAAGGACAUCAAUACUCACUCUUGUUGGACCUUUUAGUCUAAGCACUUAACUACUGUCAGAUUUCUCACUGGUUGACUCUGGUCAUUCUGGGGCUAGUAGCAGUGGUUUUAAAGACCCAAUGGUUUCUUAAAUGUAAUAUAUUGAAGCAAGUAGAAAUAAGACACUUAAUAUUAUGCCGAUUAUGAUAUGGGAUGUUUGUAAAAAAAAAAAAAAUAAUAAUAAUAAUCUGUGGACAUUGGUUGUGAAAAAAAACCCAGCUGUGGUGCUUUAUUCUUGUAGUACUUUGAUCAAUUGUAAUUCUGGAUAAAUUGCAACAUUAUUCAACUUGGCGCUUUGUGGAUUUUACAUCACAAAGAGUUACAAGACAUAACAAUUUGUUUGGUAUCUCAACACAGGGUUAAUUGUUUUUAUGACAAAUUUCUUUUCUGUCAUUCUCAAACCUACAUGGCACCACAUGCCUUAACUGAACUCCCCAUGUUCUUUUUUAUACAUACAUAGUUAUCACAGUACAGGAAGGAGUUUGAUGAUAAAAUAAGUGCAUACGUUGAAUGUGCCUUAAAGUCUGAAUAAACAAGCCAAUUCAAAUGCUU